UUUGUUCGUAGAGGGUAAAAAGGGAAUUUUUGGGAAAAACGAGAGUAAGGGGUGGGAUCAGCAGAUGGAGUUGCUGUAAUUUCUUUAGCAUCUGAACCCAUCCUCCCCUAUUUUAUUUAUUUAUUAUCCGGUGCCCAAUAUUUCAAAAAUUGAACCGUUAGGACUUGACCCCAACAGCCAACGGCUAGUUCUUUGUUUCGUUCCUAAAUUUGCACCCCCUGCUCUGUUUCACUUUAAGGCUUCUGGGUCAACCAAUAUUAGAGGACCGGAGGAUUGGAGAAGAGCCCAUUAGAGGAGUCGGUCGGGAGAAGGUACGGCUUAACCUGAAUUCUCAAAUUGUGAGUCUAGGUGAAUUCUAACAUUAUUCUCAGAUUCGGUUAUAUGUGCUUGCCUCGAUUGAUUUGUGCGUUUAUUAAAGAAUAUGGAUCAAUUGAUGGUGGAAAGUUGCGGAUCCGCCACCGUAGAGGACGCAGCAGCUUGCGCUCCUCCCCAUCCUCCUCCUCCUCCUCCGCCGACUGCUCACCGGCGGCCAAGAGUGAGGGAGGUGAGCUCUAGGUUCAUGUCUCCUGCGGUUUCCACUGGUGAUCUCCCCCAUCCCCUGCCUACCAAAUCGCCCCUCCCGAAACAUCAUCAACAUGCCAUCUCAACUCCAAGCUCGACGCUUGCGGAAAUUCAGUCGAGGCAGCGCUCUUCCUCUGUGAAUAGGCGGCGGAGGCACUUGGACUUGGAGCCCUUCCGCUGCUCCGACGAGAACAGACCCACCGGCUUCUCCUCCAUUCACACUCCGAGUCAGAGUUGGGAAAUCCCUCUCCCACCGGAACAGAUGCUUAAUUAUACUGGGAGGAAACAGCGUCCUGUGAAGCCAUUCAAAGAAAACGGAGGAGGCAAAGUCCAACAGCAACAGCAGAAGCAGCAUCUUACAAAAACCUGCACCGGGAAAGGCAGCAAUGCUUUUACCACACCCUCAAGACCUGACACACCCAUGGUGACUGCUAGUCUAGAUAGGACGUCUAGAUUCAGACUCAUUCAGCAACGGUCUACCAACAUCACAGCCACAGCAGCCGCUAAGCUCUUGCAGUCUAGCGGGAUGUCUUUACCUGCUCCACCUACCAAUCUAGUUACUGAGACUGAGGCAAACACCCAAGACGCCACUUCUGCUCCCCAACUUGAUCCUUCUUCACCAAGUUCACUUCCCGAUGUCAAUAAUCACAGUCAAAUGCCAGUUGUACCAAGCUGCUCAACAAGGUGUCUUCCUGAUAUCCGCUCUUCCAUGCCUGAGGCCGAUUUGUUGCCAUCCGUUUCUAGUAGACAGCUCGUUGACAAAAGUAGCAGCAGCAGGGGUAAUGCAACUGUCACUGUCAGUGACGAUUUUUUUAAAUGUUCUGCUUCCCCUUGCUCCCGUUCUCUGAACUUGCCAUUAUCAAGUUCCGACAUCUUAUCCUUCCAGCCAAGCAAAGGGAGUGAAAGAGUAACAUCUGUUCUGUCCAAGCCAUAUACAAACACAGGGAAGAUGGGUGGCUUAUGUCUUCCCCCUGUCCCACCAUCUACAAGUGCAAAGCUGAGCUCAGAUACAAGGAGAGGAAAGAAAGUUUCUGGACACCUAGAAGACGUGCACUCCUUGAGAGUGCUUCAUAACCGCUAUCUGCAGUGGAGAUAUACCAAUGCAAGAGCAGAGGCUUCCAUGCGAGCACAGCAGAGAGAAACUGAGAGAACACUUUAUUCUCUUGCGGUAAAGAUAGCAGAACUAUAUGAUUCAGUCAAGAGGAAACGGAUAGAACUUGGCAUUUUGCAAAGAACAGAGACUUUAUCAGCAAUUCUUGAUGCUCAAAUUCCAUAUUUGGACCAGUGGUUUGCUCUUCAAGGGGAUCAUUCAAGUUCUCUGGCAGAAGCAACACAAGCUUUGUCGAAUGCCUCAUUUCAACUUCCAAUCAGUGGCAAUGUUAGGGUCAAUCUACAAGAGUUAAAAGAGGCACUGAACUCAGCAGUGGAAGUGAUGGAGAUAAUAGAUCUCCAAGUUCAGCAAUCUACAGCAAAGGCAGAAGAAACAGAAAAUUUGAUUUCAGAACUAGCCAGAGUGACUGGUGGAGAAAGAGCCCUUAUUGAAGAAUGUGGAAAUAUGUUGUCCAAGACAUAUACAAUGCAGGUGGAAGAGUGGAGCUUAAGGGGCCAGAUAAUCCAGUUGAAACGUUGCUGUUCUUGAAAAGCAUUUCUUCUACGAAGAUUGAGCAAUGAAAUACUUAUUGCGUUGAGAAUGUCUUCUUUAUUUCUUUGCUGCGAAAUGCAAACUUAUUUGUUACAACUUAUUUGAGCCCAUCUCUCUCUCUCUCUCUCUCUCUCUCUCUCGUUAUAUACAACCCAUUUCUUCACAGGGAAUCCAUUUUUACUAGGGAUCGCAGGUUGUGCAAUACAAUUUGAUGAUCCGAACAAUGGUUGUACAAUACAAUUUGAUGAUCCGAAUUGUUCAGGACC